AUGAGUGGCGAAGAAGAAAACACCAUUUACGGUCCCACGCUUCCCAGAAAACAACUGGUCGUAGAAGAGAAAGAAGAAGUAAACAUUUUUUUUUCAGACGGGCAAGAGAAUUGUUAACUAAAAAAAAUUGAGGUUGAUCUUCAAAUCGGACCUGCUCUACCGACCGAAAAGCUUCUUAUAACGACUAGAACAUCUUAUGGACCUAACUUGCCUGGAGUUUUCGAGGUAUCAUAAAAUAAAAUUUUUAACUCGGCGAUAGUUGGAUUUCAGAAUGUGGAAGCAGAUAAUGACCAAGAAGAUUCGGACGAUGAGGAUUUCGUCAGAAAAAUUCUUAAUUCUUACAAUUUAAAAUAUUUUUAGGGUCCAAUGCCCAUUCCAAAAGGGGGUGAAGACGACGAAAUUUCCUUGAGAAAUUAUCGCUUUGCCCUCGCUGAAGAGAAAAAGCCGAUGGAAGAGGUUUCUAAUCACGAAUGAAAAUUUUGUUUGAUUUUUGUUUUAAGAAAAGUGCUCCAAAACGAGAAGAUUGGAUGCUAACUGUGCCGAAAACUCUUGGGAAUAUAGGACUGGGACCUAGAACUUUUAAAGUUUGUAUUCUCUUGAAAAAAGAAACGAAAAAACUUUAAGCGUUCGGCUGUCGAUACGGACAAAUCUUGGGAAGACUCCCCCACAAACAAAAAGAAACCCGAAGAAAAAGUUUUUUUUUCAUUCGAUGAGUUAGAACGCUAUUAGUUUCAGAAAUCAGUGCAUUUCAAGUCGAAAGUUGAAGACCCGGUUCAGAAAGAAAUAGGACCAAGUUUUGUUCAGCUACAUCAAAAGGAUCGUCGUGAACAGCAUAAAAACGUUUGUAAUUCUAGAAAAAAUCAAGUUUUCUUUCUUUCCAGAAAGAAGAAAUUUGUGAAGGUAGACGACCGUUUGAUCGCGAAAAAGACAUGGCUGUUGGCGGCUUGAAACCGGGAGCUAGUAAAGAAGCUGUGGAACGGAUGAAAGAACUCGGAAAUCGUUUCACUACGAGCCGCGAGGCCAAAUAUCUUUGA